UCCAAAGACUGCCCCCCUCCAAAAGAGAGAUUAAGUUUCCAUAUUUUUUUUACACAUGACGAAAAUGCAUAAAGUCCAGAGAAGGCAGCAGUCGACUCAGCACACACAGGUGGAGAAUGGGAAUGGGUCAUGACCAGGAGGAGUUUGCACUGAGUGGACUUGUCCGACCUGCAUUGUUUUAGAGUCCUGCGCUGUGGAUUAUGCUCUUCAUCCUGUUCUGUGGCUGACACCGCUUCCACUGAGCUUGCACAUUUAAUAUUGUUUUGCUUUCUCUGAUGGUCAUUGCAUUCUUUAAUGAAUGCAAACAUCGUCAUGUUUAUCAGGACAACUUUUCUCCUCUACUUUGUGGUCUCGUUCUCAAAACUUGUUCGGUGCAUGGAAAGUGAACUUUGCUUCCCUAUUAGAUUGGAUAACCAAAACCAUGACAGGAAAGAUUUUGACAAUGACGUGGAUAUCCUGAAUGGAAAACAUGUGCUAAAAAUACGAGCUUUCCGGCAGGAAUUAGUGAUCGAUUUGCACCAGGACUCUAACUUUAUUGCCCCUUCCAUUUCUAACCAAGACGCUUUCUGGCUCUCCAACAGCGAUGUCACCACUGAUCUGAGCCGGUGUUUUUAUUCCGGAAAUGUGAAUGACGACCCACAAUCUUACGCUGCUUUAAGCCUUUGUAAGGGUUUACAAGGUGCAUUUGGCUUCCAGGGCUGGGAAUACUUUAUCAGCCCGGUCCAAAAUGACACCACAAGCGCAGAGGGUGCGCACAUCAUCCGGCGCAGAGCCAGCAACAACCUGAAGUUCAACACUACCUCCAGGUGCGCAGUGGACAGCAAGAUAAGUCUCCAAGUGGCACAAUCGCUGGAGAAAUACAAGCGACUAAAAGAUGACAACAAUUCGACCGAAACGUUGCUGAAGAGGAUGGGGAGAGCCAAACGGUUUGCCUCCAUCCCCAGGUACGUGGAGACGCUAGUGGUGGCGGACGAGUCCAUGGCUCAGUUCCACGGAGAGGACCUAAAACACUACCUCUUGACACUUAUGUCAGUGGCAGCCAGGCUCUACAGGCACCCCAGUAUUCUCAACUCCAUCAGCAUCGUAGUAGUGAAGAUCGUGAUUAUAUCCGAGGAGGACAAAGGACCCAAAGUGUCCGGGAACGCAGCCAUGACGCUGCGGAACUUUUGCACUUGGCAAAAAAAGAUGAAUAAAAACAACGACAAGCAUUCAGAGUACUGGGACACAGCCAUCCUUUUCACUAGAGAGGACCUGUGUGGAUCCUCCACCUGCGACACUCUUGGUAUGGCGGAUGUUGGCACCAUGUGCGACCCCAAGAGGAGCUGCUCUGUGAUCGAAGACGACGGCCUACCUUCAGCCUUCACCACGGCUCAUGAGCUGGGACAUGUGUUCAACAUGCCACAUGACAAUGUGAAGGCCUGCGAGGACGUGUUUGGGAAACUGCAAGACAACCACAUGAUGUCCCCCACGCUCAUUCAGAUCAACCGCACCAGCCCCUGGUCCCCCUGCAGUGCUGCCAUCAUCACUGAAUUCCUGGACAGCGGACACGGUGAAUGUUUGCUCGACCAGCCUCAGAAACCGCUGGUCCUCCCCGACCUGCUGCCGGGGUUAUCCUACGUCCUGGAUCGCCAGUGUGAGCUUGCGUUCGGAGAAAACUCCAAGCUGUGUCCCUUUAUGCAACCACCAUGUGGCCGUCUGUGGUGCACGGGAAAAUCCAAUGGCCAUUUGGUGUGUAUGACCCGGCACUUCCCCUGGGCAGAUGGCACCAGCUGUGGGGAAAAUAAGGUCUGCGACAGAGGGGUCUGCUCCGACAAACACGUUCAUAAUGUGAAGGUGGACGGCCGCUGGGGUAAGUGGGGUCCGUUUGGCUCCUGCUCACGCACAUGUGGAGGGGGUGUCCAACUGUCUAAAAGAGAGUGCAACAGCCCAGUACCAUCAAAUGGGGGUAAAUACUGCCAAGGAGUUCGGGUCAAAUACCGCUCCUGCAACCUGAACCGCUGCCCUGAUACAGGCAGGACAUUCCGCGAGGAGCAGUGUGCGAACAUGGGCCGUGCUUUCAUCAGUAACCGUAUCGACCCCUCUUCCGUGUGGCUGCCCAAGUACUCUGGAGUGUCCACGGACGACAGGUGUAAACUCAUCUGCAGGACUAACGGCAGUGGCUACUUCUAUGUCCUGGCACCCAAGGUUGUGGACGGGACUCCAUGCUCCCCAGAUUCCACGGGAGUGUGUGUCCAAGGAAAAUGCAUCAAGGCAGGCUGCGAUGGAAUAAUUGGCUCCAACAAGAAGUUUGAUAAGUGUGGAAUCUGCGGUGGUGAUAGCAAGGGCUGCAAGAAGGUGUCGGGACUCUUCACGAAGCCUGAGCAUGGCUACAACUUUGUGGUCAUAUUACCAGUGGGUGCAGCCAACAUAGACAUCCGUCAGCGAGGCUACAAGGGAAUGAGGAGUGAUGACAACUAUCUGGCGCUUAAAAACAGCCAUAGCAACUACCUGCUCAACGGGAAGUACGUAGUGUCAGCUGGAGAGAGGGACAUCAUCGUUAAGGGAAGCCUGAUGCGCUACAGUGGAACAGCCGGCCUCUCGGAGACCCUGACGGCCGUGAAGCCUUUGGGAGAAUCCCUGACUGUGGAGGUGCUGUGUGUUGGCCAGAUGACGCCGCCUCGAAUCCGCUACUCCUUCUACCUCGCCCGGCAGACCAAGGAGGACAAGACUCUCAAGAAGGACGGACGUGUUAGCUCCCACAACAGCGUCCUGGCUGAGGAUAGUGUCAAAGAGAAGGGUGGAGACACCCUGAAGAAGUCUUAUAGCAAAGAGGAUCCGGCUCUUGGGAAGUGGAUAUCCUCGGGUUGGGAUCAGUGCUCGGUGACCUGCGGCAACGGGAUGCAGAGGAGGAUGGUGCAGUGUCUGAGACCGGACGGGAAACCAGCGUUGGACUGUGAUCCUUCACAAAGACCCACAGCCACUAGGGUUUGUGGAGACCCCUGUCCUGAGUGGCAUAUUGGCCUGUGGUCACCUUGCUCCAGAACCUGUGGGAAGGGCUUCAAGAGAAGGCCGUUGCACUGCACAACCCAAAACGGGCAUCUGCUCCAAAGAGACCACUGCAUUGGCUUACGCAAGCCACAGGAGCUGGACUUCUGUAACCUUAGGCCUUGCUAGUGACUUGAAAAAUAUAAACUACAAAUCUUUGUUCUUUUUUAAAUUGACUCCACCUGCAAUAUAACACAUGCUGUGUCUGUCGGGUGCAGAUUGUUCCACCUGCAUCAUAGGACACUUGCUUGGAAGAACCAAAAAAGUAUUGGAAGGAGAGUGAAAGCAGCAGGAUAAUUGCUGGAAGAUUUUUUUCACUGCCAUCACUCUGACUUUAAAAAGACAUGAUCCAGGUCUAACUCUGAUUUUGGCAAGAUAACAUGAUAGAGGGUCAAAUGAAACGUCGUUGAAUCCUGUAUACCAGGGGUGCCCCACCCUUUUUGAAUCAAGAUCUACUUUUAAAGUUGAUAGUGUGUCGAGAUCUACCAAGCCAUAUCGAAAGCCAUAGCGUAGCCACAAUUAAUUGUGCACCUAUAUAAUAACACAAUUUUCUGACACAAGAUCAAGUGUUAACAAUAAUAAUACAUUUAUUGAAGUAAAUGUACGUCGUGCAAAGAAUAAGCACAAGUAGGCCUAGGACUGGCCCGUAACAACACAACAACAUACAACCCAAUUAAUACAAUGCCUAAUUUAAGUUGGAAAAGUGGUUCUCUACCUUAGUGGGACUUCUGGCACUGAGAGGAGGAAGCUAGUCUCUCAUAGUCCGGACAGUAGGAGCUGAGUGCCAGCCGUAAGCAGGCCGCAAGGUGGUCAUCAGUCAUGGUGGAUCUGUAUUUUGACUUAAUGAUGUUCAUAUGUGAAAAGGCAGACUCACACAAAUAUGUUGAUCCAAAAAGUGCAGUCAAAUUCGUUGCAGUUUGUCUGAGGUUGGGGUACUUCUCUUUCUGCAUUAGAUUCCAGAAUUGGACAUUUGUGUGAGGUGUAGCUCUUGACUUGAGCUCAAUGUCAUUAUUUAGUGUGAGGAUCUCAUUCUCAAUAGCACCGCUAUCCAGGUUGAAGAGUGAUGCCACUUUGGACGUUAUACAAUCCACAUCUAUAUUCUCCCCAAAUGGAAAACUGAGAAAACUGACAACAGGCUCAAUGGAUGCAAAGUCAGUAAAGCGCCUGUCAAAUUCUGACAAGAUACUUUGCACUUCAUCAUCAUGACGUGCACUCUCAAGCUCCGCACAGUCUUUGCCCUGACGCUUAAGUUCUGUGUCCAUGUGUGGAAAGUUCCGCCGAUCACACUGUUGCAACCUGCUUGAUAGCAGCUGUAACUUGCUUUUAAAGGUGUUCACGGAGCUGAUCAUGGUGAUGAUGUGUUUGUUCUUACCCUGCAGCUCUAGAUUCAAGUUGUUGAGCUUGUCAGUCAGAUCAGUAAGAAAGGCUGAAUCCCAGAGCCACUGACUGUCUUCUAGCUGUGCAUACUCAGCAUGGUUUGAACGUUUCAGAAAUUCUUUAAUUUCGGGCAAAAAUUCAGAAAACCAUUCCAGAAAUGUACCUCUGCUGAGCCGCCUUACGUCUGUGUGCAGCAGCAGAUCUGUGUGUUCUGCACCGGUCUCCUCCAGUUGCACACGAAUAAUCGCCUCUGCAGACUCCUGGCCCGAACAGAACAGGCAAUCUUGUUAGCCACAUCCAUCACGUCUUUCAUAUUUAAAAUCUUCCCGCACAACCCUUGCUGGUGAAUUAUACAAUGGUAAUUCAGGAAAUCCGGGAAAGAUUCAGACUGUUUGCACAAUCCAAUGAACCCAGCAGUACGUCCAAUCAUUGCUGGGGCCCCAUCAGUUGUAAUGGAGAUGAGUUUGAAGAGGGGCAACUUGCUCUUACUACCGAAUUCCAUACAAACCUGAAAAAUGUCUAUCUAUGCCUCUUGUUUGCCUUUUCAAAGGCAAAAUGGUCAGCAGCUCUUCUUUUACACUCAUAUUGUCAAAAACCAUUCUAAUGAACACACAUAGCUGAGCCACAUCCACAGCAUCAGUGGAUUCAUCGACUUGCAGAGAAAAACACUCACAUGUGUCAAUAUCAUUCCUCAAUUGCUGUUCAACAUCCUCCGCCAUUCCCUCGCAUCGCCGUGUAACAGAAGUUCUUGAUAGCUGCACAUCCUGAAUAGCAGACACAAUCUCCUUUCGAUUUUUAAAAUCGUCAAAAAGAGCAUCUGCGGCUUCCAUGAACGCUUCUUUCACCAUCUCACCAUCCUUGAAAGAUGUCUUUCCUUUUGCAAGAACACGACAGACAGGAUAAGAAGCUAUGGUUGCAGCCUUACUCUUGGUAUUGGGCCUGGUAAAAAUGGACUGUUGUGUUGCUAGCUGACUUUUCAAUUCCUUGACUUUUCGGGCGUGCAGUGGUGAUUUAGCUGGGAAGUUUGUAUCGUAGCUCUUGUGGACCGUCUUGAAAUGCCGCUCCAAAUUCCCUUUCUUUGGUGAAGCCACAUUUUGCAUUGCAGAUAAGACAGAUGGACUUGGCAUUCGAAUACACGAAAAAAUAAUCCUCCUCCCACUCUGAAUGAAAAUGAUACGUUUUAGAUGUUUUAGCUUCUGCCGCCAUGGUAGUAUCCACUCGCUCUAGUCAAGCUUCUCGCGCCCUUCCAAGUCGUUAGUUAGAACCUAGCAACCAUACCAUGCGCGCGCAGAUAGAAAGAAGCGCGUGAGAUUUUUUCUUUGAUUAUGCCUGAUCUACGUUACUACAGCUGUACAAAUCUACACGCUGCUUCACGUCAUCAGCAGUUCAUUGUGCCUAUUUAAGAUGUUUUAAGUUGGAAGUUUUAAUGUAGGCCUAUUUUACACAACAGCAGGAGGAUAGCCUACACACAACAUUUUCUCGCCAUCGACUAGAACUCAGCCCGCGAUCGACCGGUAGACCGCGAUCGACUGGUUGGGCACCCCUGCUGUAUACUGUCAGCAAAUACAGAAUGCACAUUUGCAAGUAAUCAAUCAAGCUUACCUAACGGGUCUGGAACCCCUUUUAUGUCACAAUGUUUUAACUGUUCAGGUUUCAAAGUUUUACUUGAGUCUUGCAAAUAGAUGAUUGAACACUUCUGGUUGUCCAAAAAGUGACUCCCUCCCUUUUUCACAAAGGAAAUCUACCAGUAUUGACGUGCAUAACUUUCUAACUUCAUAACUCAAAUAUAAUUCCUACGCACUUUCAUACCAAGAAGGACUGGAAGUUGGUUAUUUAAUAGUAUGGCGCUCUUCAUCUGCCAUCUUAUAGGCGUUCUCUUCCAGAGGAUCUUUAUGUGGAUGUUCAUAAGCAGCCUUGUUUUAACUUGUAUGCUGGUGCUGCAUUGCUUCUACAAUGCAAUUAUAUAUUCUUAAAGAGGCCCUAAUAUGCUCUUUGAGGUUUUCCCUUUCCUGUAGUGUGUUAUAUAGGUUGUUGUGCAUGUAAAUGGUCUGCAAAGACUAAAAUACCAAAGUUCCAUCGAGAGGGAAUCCCCCCCCCCCUGCUUGAAACACCUCGGUUGAACUCCUUUGUUUACUUCUGACAUAUGUUACAUAUAUGUAACAUGUAUGCUCCUAUUGGCUUGCACACCGACACAUUGUACAUGAUAGGCUAAGGCGUGAACAUGUCUUAGCGCAGAAAAGCCGACCAGCUAACCAAUCACGGCGGACUAGGCUCUGGUUUCAGACAGAGGGUCAAAAGAGAUGCUGCAGCACAGGCAGUAUGAGAAAAAUAAAGAGCCUUCUGAGCCUUAAAGCAUCGAGACUUGUCCCAGUAGAUGCACAAAAUGCAAAUAUGAACCUGAAAGUGAGCAUAAUGGGCCCCUUUAACAUAUUUUGUAAGUGGAGCUGCAACAAUGAGACAAUCAACAGAUCUUGGUGAUUCAUCAGGCUGCACCCAACAUUGCACUGCCCAUCUGAAAUGAGGGCUUAGCCUGAUAUCACACGCACACAAUAACACACAUGCUGUGUUCAAUGUGCUUCCUGUGUUUGAUCACUUCCUUCAUUGCCUUUAUCAUUCCCACCACAACAUUUGUCUUCUCAGUUCAUCACGUUCAGCCAUGCUAAGUCAGGCCUGUCUGGCAAACUUACCACAGAUAAUUUAUUAUCAAUGCAACAGAGUGGAUGUGUUUCCUGGAUCUCCUUGUUUAUGGCCCCGCAGCCCGAACCAAGCUGUUCUUUCUAGACACGUGUUGAAAUCCUGUAAUCUAUUAUAUUCUUGUUUUGUUUCCUAAUGGGGCCACAUUGUCCAGUGCAACGUCCAACUAUGGGAUGGAUGCUGUGUUAGUUGGAUUUUCAUUUUCUAUCAGCUUUUGCACUUGUACAGCAAAAGAAACCUAUGACCUACAUGAGCUGUAUCGUAUACUAUGUAUAUUUUUAUUCAGCUCUGUGAAAAUACUAAUGUAAAUACUUCUAAAAUCUUUUUUUUGUAUUUUUACCGAGACAUUUGUAAUUGUCUUGGACUUCAGUGUAUUUAUUCCACAAAUAAAGCCAUUCAUGUACAGUUG